CCUCUGCAAGCAGCUUCGAUAAAUUACUAAUAUAUAUAUAUAUAUAUAUAAAUAUAUAUACAUAUUUUUUUUUUCUUUUUUUUUCUCAGAUAUUCAUUCAGCUUUAUAGUAAGGCAAGACCUGGAUGGUGUGCGUCUCUCUCUCUUUCACUGUGAAAGCCAGAGACUUUGGUUUUUUUUAGGUUUUGUCUUGAGAACAGAGGGGAUAGAAGGAGAGGCAGAGGGAGUAUCAAUGGCGGAAGAGAGUGUUGAUGUACCACUGAAGAGGCCGAGGGAGGAGGAGGAGAAUGGGGUCUCUGCUUCUGCCGUGGGUAUGGAGACGGAGGGUAACCCUGAUUACAUAUCCUCUGUUAUUCCAGGGUGGUUUUCUGAGAUCAGCCCCAUGUGGCCUGGAGAGGCACAUUCCUUAAAGGUAGAGAAGAUUUUGUUUCAAGGGAAGUCCGAUUACCAGAAUGUCAUGGUCUUUCAGUCAUCAACAUAUGGAAAGGUUCUUAUUUUGGAUGGUGUGAUUCAGCUCACUGAGAGGGAUGAAUGUGCAUACCAAGAAAUGAUUACUCACCUUCCACUAUGCUCCAUUCCCAAUCCAAAGAAGGUUUUGGUUAUCGGUGGUGGAGAUGGUGGGGUCCUGCGGGAAGUUGCUCGCCAUUCUUCUGUUGAACAUAUUGACAUUUGUGAAAUUGAUAAGAUGGUAGUUGAUGUUUCAAAACAAUUUUUCCCUGAUGUAGCAGUUGGAUAUGAUGACCCUCGUGUGACCCUUCAUAUUGGUGAUGGAGUUGCAUUUCUAAAGGCUGUACCUGAAGGUACUUAUGAUGCAGUUAUAGUGGAUUCUUCUGAUCCUAUAGGUCCUGCACAGGAGCUCUUUGAGAAGCCCUUUUUUGAGUCGGUGGCAAAGGCUCUUCGUCCGGGUGGAGUUCUCUGUACUCAGGCAGAAAGCAUUUGGCUUCACAUGCACAUCAUUGAGGAUAUUGUGGCCAACUGCCGCCAGAUCUUCAAAGGCUCUGUUAACUACGCAUGGACCACAGUUCCUACAUAUCCAAGUGGGGUGAUUGGAUUCAUGCUUUGCUCAACUGAGGGUCCUCCUGUUGAUUUCAAGCACCCAGUGAAUCCUAUAGAUGUUGAAGAAAGUCAAACCAAAUCUAAACGACCCUUGAAGUUUUACAACUCUGAGAUUCAUUCAGCAGCCUUCUGUUUGCCCUCGUUUGCUAGGAAGGUCAUCGAAUCUAAAUGAUGAAAAUUUUGGAGUGCAUUAAAGUAGCGGGAAUCAAGCUAUUGGAGAGUAUCUGGCUUAUAUCCUCAGUUAAUGGUCCAUCUGGUGAUGAACCUUCGAAUAACUUGAGGUUUUAAUCAAUUUAUUUUAUUUUCUGCCAUUACGUUUUAAUCUGGAAGGACGGUUGCGAUAAGAUUGUAGUAGGAUCCCAUUCUCUGUUGAUUGGGAAUGGAGCUCACAGUGUCUGAAACAUUUGUUAUUGGUCUUUCCGAGAAUCAUUUAUCAAAUUCACCUCUCUUUGUGAGAUUUUUUAUUGGAAAGUUUUUGUUCAAAUGCUUUAGAUCUGUAGCUCUUAAAAGGAUCUAGAAUAUAAGCAUACCAAUGUA